AUGAACAAAUUAUUUGCGAUACAACAAAAAGUAAACAACACAAACCCAUUGAUGUUCUUCAUGAAAUUGACCAAUUCAAUUAAACGAGCACAAAAGAAAACGUAUAAGGAUAAAACAUUCAAGAUUUUUCAUGGGAAUUGGAAGUCACGUGAUGCCUCUCUGUUGCAAAUAUUGAGAAGCAAGCUGAGGUUGAUGGGAAGGGUAAGGUUGAUGCCAAGAACACUAGCCUUGAGAGCAGUGCAAAGACAAAUCGCAGCUUCAAGAUCUACCAAACCCUCGAUAAGGCUGCAACAUGGAGUCACAGGAGGAGUUCCGGGGGUCAAACCGUUUAACAAGUUGAGUGCGUUAACACAAACACCGACCUUUAAGGCAUCUUUAGGACAAGUCCCGGUAGUGGGUGUUGGGCUAGGUUUUUGUUUGUUGUGUUUUCCUGGUGGAGGAGGACAAUUGGUACUGCGAGUGGCAGUAGUGAGAGUGAAGAAAAGGAUGUUGAAGAGAAGGAGGAGCGCAAGAGAGUCUUUAAGAGCCAUUGAUUUUUGA